AUUCGUCUGGUCCUUCUCUCCGUUGCCAUCACAGGCUUCUUAAUUACAAAUACGACGCAACCAGGUCUGAAACUUGGGAAGCUACGCGUCAAUCUCAUUGAGCGAGCCAAAGAGAGAGAGAGAGAAACCCCACAAAACACAAAAUCAAAGGGAGAAAUUAAUUUAAGUUAAGCAACAACAACAAAAAAAUGGGGAUAGUGGAAGAAGCUCACAACGUGAAGGUUUUAGGAUCCGGCACGCGGCACAUAGUUCUGGCUCACGGGUUCGGCACGGACCAAUCCGUGUGGAAACACCUCGUACCUCAUCUCCUCGACGAGUUUCGUGUCGUGCUCUACGACAACAUGGGAGCUGGCACCACCAACCCCGAUUACUUCGAUUUUGAGCGCUAUUCAACCUUGGAAGGCUAUGCCUAUGACUUGCUUGCUAUCUUAGAAGAGCUUCGAGUUGAUUCGUGUAUCUUUGUUGGUCAUUCAGUGUCUGCUAUGAUCGGUACUGUUGCUUCUAUUUCUCGCCCCGAACUGUUCGCCAAAAUCAUCAUGAUCUCCGCUUCACCUAGGUAUGUGAACGACAUGGAAUACUUUGGAGGGUUUGAGCAAGAAGAUUUGGACCAACUAUUCAAUGCUAUGGCGGCGAAUUACAAGGCAUGGUGCUCAGGGUUUGCUCCGAUGGCCAUUGGCGGGGAUAUGGAGUCGGUGGCGGUGCAGGAAUUCAGCCGAACCUUGUUCAACAUGAGACCCGACAUUGCGCUGAGCGUGUUGCAGACCAUUUUUCGAAGCGACAUGAGACAAAUCUUGAACCUCGUCACUGUCCCAUGCCACAUCAUCCAGAGCAUGAAGGACUUAGCGGUUCCCGUCGUGGUCGCGGAGUACCUCCACCAACACAUUGGAGGUGCGUCCAUCGUUGAGGUCAUGUCCACGGAGGGUCAUUUGCCGCAACUGAGUUCCCCUGAUAUCUUUAUUCCCGUGUUGCUUAAACACAUUCCCCUAAACAUUGUAAUUGGAUGAUGUGAGUUUCUACAAAUUAACUUGUACAUAAUAAAAUUUUAAUUUUUAAAAAGUUUAUUUCAUUA